AUGUCCGCAUUCCCCCAGCCCGGCCACGACCAUGGGUUCCACGUGGAGUACAAGGAAGACUACUACGACCCUCACCCCAAGUACAAGUUCGAGUACGGAGUCCACGACAGCCACACUGGUGACAUCAAGAGCCAGAAGGAGGAACGUGACGGGGAUGUGGUGCACGGCAGCUACGAGUUGGUGGAGGCGGACGGUUCCAAGCGCGUCGUCCACUACACAGCUGAUCACCACACUGGCUUUAACGCUGUCGUCCACAGGGAACACAACGUCCAUCCUCAACAUUACCAACAUCACCAGGAACACAUCCCAGAACACCACGAAUACUCACAUUUAUAA